CGUUCUUUAGUAGUGGUAACUGGUAAUUUAAAGAAAGAAAACCUUCGGUUGUCGCUGUCUUACUUUCUGUGGCUUUAGGGUUCGGCGAGGAUUAACUACAAAGAACUUUCUUAAUCCUCUUCUUUUUACCUUCAUUUCUUGCGAUCGUGAAAUAAAGUCCAAGAAGAGUCAAAGCUAAAAAGGGGUUAGAGAGCCUCGUGUCUGGCUUUUGAGGGAAGAGGAAUUUUGUUGCUGGAGUAUAAAAGUAUAGAUGUGUUGGAAGUUAUGAGAUUGUUAUCUGUAUCUAGUGGUGGCAGUAAUAGACGGGUUCGAUUGAGAGUUUUUUGGUUAAGAGGGUAAGAUGCCGUCUACGUAUUUUUCUAGGUUAAGGAGUGCGGUUCAGAAAGGGAUUCAGAGAUCGGGAAUAGGACAAGAAGGUGUACUGCAAGAUUUUGAGAGUCUGAUUGGGCAAGGAAAGUUUCGAUUCUGCAACUAUAGGUUAUUUCAUUCUGUAUGUGUUGCAUCGCUUACAGAUUUACAACUACUGUUGAGACCCGGUACAAUUGUUGCUGCCAGUUCUGAUUCACUGGUAGUUAACCGAAAAAGGAAUAUCUCUGUUGUUGGAGCAGUUUCUCGUACACUUUCUGUACCCUCUGUAUCAGGCCCUUCGUUUCAGGUUUGUGGCUAUCACAUAGAUCGUGCCCUUUGUGACAACAAUCAAAUAUUGGCCAGUGGGAAGCCUUACAAUAAGCCAAUGGCUGCUAGAGCAUCAAGAGCUGUAUUUGGUGAGUGUUUAUUAGAGAAUCUGACUUCAAGGGUUGGGCAUCUUCCCUCAUCGACAAACAAUCCCUGCAUCUCUUAUGGCAGCAGUAGUUCCCAGAGUUUCAGAAAGGCUAGCAUGAGUUUGAAAAACCAAGAGCAACCUACCAAUUCUCCAAUUUAUGGAUAUUUUGUCUAUAAUGUUGCAAAGAGGUGGUGUGACUUUUCUCCAUACAUGGAGACGGGAUUUAGAGAUUUCCAAAGUUCAGCACAUUCAUGCUUUGCAGCUGGAACUGCUCCUGAUGUGACCUAUGAGAAUUCUACCCGUGAGGAACGGCCUGAAGGUUCUGCUUCAUCAGAACAGAAGAUUUCAACUGGCAAAAUGCUCAAGCUACUCUCAGGAUCAUGCUACCUGCCCCAUCCUGAUAAAGAAGAGACUGGUGGAGAGGAUGCCCACUUUAUUUGUACAGAUGAACACGCUGUUGGUGUAGCUGAUGGUGUGGGUGGUUGGGCUGAUCAUGGUAUUGAUUCUGGGCUGUAUUCUCGGGAGCUCAUGUCCAAUUCAGUUGCUGCAGUUCAAGAGGAGCCCAAGGGCUCAAUUGAUCCAGCUAGGGUCCUGGAGAAAGCUCACUCUAGCACUAAAGCCAAAGGUUCCUCAACAGCAUGCAUCAUAGCACUGACAGACCAGGGUCUCCAUGCGAUCAAUUUAGGGGAUAGUGGGUUUAUAGUGGUUCGAGAUGGAUGCACUGUCUUCCGAUCUCCUGUGCAGCAACAUGGUUUUAAUUUCACUUAUCAACUUGAGAAUGGAAACAAUGGUGAUCUGCCUAGCUCUGGCCAGGUUUUCACAAUUCCUGUUGCUCCUGGAGAUGUUAUAGUUGCUGGAACAGAUGGAUUGUUUGACAACUUGUACAACAAUGAAAUUAAUGCUGUGGUGGUUCAUGCCAUGAGAGCUGGCUUAGAGCCUCAGGCAACAGCUCAGAAAAUAGCUGCAUUAGCACGGCAACGAGCCCAAGAUAAAGAUCGGCAGACCCCAUUCUCGACUGCUGCACAAGAUGCUGGGUUUCGCUAUUAUGGUGGCAAGCUUGAUGACAUCACUGUUGUUGUUUCAUAUAUUACCAGCUCUGAUGAUGAAAAGAAAUCUAGUUCUCAAGCAGGCAGUGCCAUUUAAGAAUUGCGGUGAUCCAGUUUUGUCACUAGGAGGAUUGUUGCUACUGUGUGAAGCAUAGGAGGUUCUCAGUUGUGUAACUCGUUGAGCUUGAACACUAAUCAAAUACUUUUUAUCGUCAAGCACAUCUGAUGUAAAUAUUCAUUGCCAGGUAUAUUGUAUUACGUUCUAGUUUUGCCAUCAAAAACUAUAUGGUCCAGUUGACUGCGUAGCAGCUAUUGUUGAUAUGUUAAAAUUUAAAUUUGUAACUUGCUUUUCAUGAUAUAUGCGAUUUUAGUUCAGAUAGCAAACUUUUUUUGAGACUGUUAA